AUGCAGUUCACUCGUGCCGCUGUUCUUUCUGUUGUUGCCCUGGUUGCUGGCGUGUCGGCUGCCCCUGCUGCUAAGGUGGACUCCCGCAACGUGUUCACUGGUGGUAAGGCCACCUGGUACUCGGCUGGCAUGAGCGAGGGCAACUGUGGCUGGUGGAGCACUAACGCUGACCACAUUGUCGCCCUUAACGUUGAGCAGUACGGUAGCACCGACGAUCGCAGCAGCCACUGUGGUCGUCUCGUUCGCAUUGUGAACAACAAGAACAACAAGGUCCUGCACGCUGUUGUGGCUGACUCGUGCCCCUCGUGUGACUUUGGCUCGCUCGACCUCAGCAAGGGUCUAUUCUCGGAUCUGAACGACGGUGACCUUGACAUGGGCGAGUUCCCAAUCUCGUGGAGCUUCCUGAACUAA